UAUACAAAACAAAAACAUCAGAAUAAUGACUGAGAGCAUAAUUCAAGCAGGUGUUAAUAUUAAUACUAUCUACAGUCAACAGGAAAAAAACAUGAAGAAGAGUCUAAUAAGUAGGCUAUUUAAUAAGUCAUUUCCUUCCUCACCUCCUUCCAUAUAACUCUUCAUUAAAGCUUUAUGAUUCCACCAUUGUGAAAUAUUGAAUGUUUCCGUGUUUUUAUGGCUGCGCUAUUCGAUCAGAUGGAAAUUUAUUUGUCUUGUGCAUCAUUUUAGACACAUUCACAAACUUCACUCUGACAUAUUUAGUGUCUUCGGAAACUUUGGGAUUGAAAAUAGAAUAGAAAAUAAAGCGGGUGGGUGGGAAUCAGAAGAAAUGUCAGCUCAGCCUGUUGUCCUGAGCGGUUUCUGCUGUUUGACUAUCUGUCUGUCAGAGAUGUUAUCGGUGAAGAAAACGUGUCAAUCACAAACUGUUGAUCACAGACUUUCAUCAGACUUUCAUCAGAGAUAACAGGAAGCUCCCCUCUCAUUUCACCGUCUGGUUAUCAGCUCAGAGAUCUGCUGUUAUCAGAUCUGAGGGUCACAGAUCUUCAUAAAUAUACCUGAACUCAGAGCAGUCGCACGCAGAAGCUGGACAGGACCACACCGACAACAUGAAGCUGAGACACGGCGUCUGCACUCUGCUGGUAUGUUGCAGUGUGUUGUGGGUCGUCUGCUCCUCCUCCAGGGUUAAAGCUCCUCCUCCUCCCCCUGGUUGUGACUCCAUGUUGGCGUUCUCCUCAGAGGUCUCCUCCUUGUCUGAAGGAAACGGGAACAUCCACGGCAGAUCGCUGUCACCGUGGAGCUGGAGGUCGUCCACGGUGAAGAACCAGAUCCCCUCCACUCUCUGGGAGGCCGAGUGCAGCAGCAGCUUCUGUUCCAGUCCCAACCCCGGACAGACAGACGGACACAACCUGAACUCAGUCCCCAUCUACCAGAACGUCCUGGUCCUGAAGCGGCAGGACGGGGGACGCUGCUACACCGCAUCAUACCGCUCUGUGGCUGUCGGCUGUACCUGUGUCUUGGCCAAAACCAACCAAAACUGAACCUGCAGAACUAGAACCUGAACCAACGGCGGGGAAUGAAAACAAAAGGGAAUACAUUUACAAAAAAAUAUAUAAAUAUAACAUUUAAUAUUUGUUGAUCUAACUCUGUGGAGUCCAUAAUUCGCCUUGUUGAAGUAUUGGAUGGUGUCUAGUAUCGAGUCUGCUACUGUAUCAACCCUGUGUGUAUACAGAUAAAAACAGUGAUGUCAUUUGAUCUAAUAAAAAGAUUCUUCAAAGUAUAAUUAAACUGUUUAAACUUUGCUAUUCUAAGAUCUGCACCACUAGUGGGUAAAAAACAUUGGUAGGUUCACAUUGUGCUGAGCGUCUCACCCAGAGAUCUUUUGUCCACUCCGCUAUCUUUACGCACCAGGCAGUGGUGGAAGAAGUACUUUAAAAAAUACUGUGUUACAAGUAAAAGUCCUGCAUUUGAAAUUCUACUUGAGUAUUACCAGCAGAAGUAUCAGAAGUAAAAGUACUCACUAUGUAAAACGGCCCGUUUCAGAGUGUUAAACUGCGAAGCCUUCAAGGUCCCAGUUUCUUUUGUCUUUUAUUUUAAGUUAUCAGAAAACCUUGGAGCUGACUGGAGUUGCGACCGAGUUGACUGAUGGAGGUGAACGGCCGGUGGAGCUGAUCCUCCAGCCGCUGCCGUUAAAGCAUCGCAGAAGAAGAGGACGCAGCGAGAUGCUCCAGUGGAAGCUCAGACGAUGGAAAACCAGUUCUAAAUACAUUUUUUCAUUGAAUAAUGGCUCCUCCGUUACAGUAAUGUGUCUGCAUGGUUAUUAGGAUUUAUUCAAUCCAAUGAAGUUUAAAUAUUAUAGUUCCGGUUGCUUCAUUCACGUUUCUAUUACUGAAUUAAUGAGUGCUGGUAAGUCAUAAUAUAAAGCAUAAUAUAAAUCAACAAAUUUGAUUUAAACACUGAUUUUAAGCCUCUUAAACACUUCUGCAGAGCAGGUGAACAGACUGUGGCUGACUGUGUGCUGCAGCGAGGUGUGUGUCAGUGUGUGUGUCAGUGUGUGUGUCAGCAGUGUGUCGAGUCUCAUGACGACUGAAAUCCUCUGCGAAGAAAAACUCAUUCAGGCUGAAAUCAGCUGGAAUUAGCUGAAAACAAGAACACAUUGUGGAGGUUAGACGCGCGCGUGUGUGUGUGUGUGUGUGUGUGUGUGUGUGUGUGUGUGUGUGUGUGUGUGUGUGUGUGUGUGUGUGUCACCAUGCAGGUCAGCGACUCUCACAGAAAUACCACGCUGACAGGAAACGCCGCCUGCUGUGUAGCAGCUGCUCACAUCCUGAAGCCCAAAGAGAGAACGAACUCAGGUAGGUUCGUUUCCUCCGUUGUCUGUCGGCUGCUGUGACCUCUGACCUCUGACCUUCUUACUGUCAUUUAGCGCUUUUUUUCUAUUUCUCUGAAGAGGUUUUCUUUCCGAUCCUCUUAAAGGUUUGUUUGUUUGUAGAAACGGGCCAGUAUUUUUAGUUAGCGUCAGUUGAGAAACGUAUAAAACAACUGUAACUCGAACUCUUUAGUUAAAUAGUUACAUGUUUGUUUCGCUGUCUUGUCACCUUCUUUUUCUUCAUUAACUAAUCAGAUUUAACAGUUACCUGGCAGGAGCUGGAAGAUUACACAGGUGUUUUUCUUUUCUUUAAUCAUCAACAUAGAAACACAGGAGUCUCCUGGAUGAUGUAACCAGGCUAUAAGGUUGUAUUCUGACAGACGCCGCUAAAUACUACUAUACCCAUGAGCCUCAGCAGCUAUGGCUGUGAAGAAGAAGCCAGUGUUGUUGCCUGCACACCUGUCUAACCUCCUACACGCCUGAUUUUAGGAUUUCUUUGAAUUGUUUCAGCUUCGUACAGAACAACG